CUCUCUGACUUGGAAGAAUCAAGAAUCUACAGCUAUAAAUGAAGACCCUCGCAUCACAUCCUCACCACACAUUUCAGCGUCCAACUCCAAGCUCACUUCACUUCUCUCUAGGCGAUGGCGAAGGAACCAGUUCGCGUACUCGUUACCGGCGCUGCAGGACAAAUUGGAUAUGCUCUCGUUCCCAUGAUUGCAAGAGGAAUUAUGUUGGGUCCUGACCAGCCAGUCAUUCUUCACAUGCUUGAUAUUCCACCAGCUGCAGAAGCUUUGAAUGGAGUUAAAAUGGAAUUGGUGGAUGCUGCAUUUCCACUCCUCAAAGGAGUUGUUGCUACAACCGAUGCUGUUGAGGCAUGCACUGGAGUUAGUAUUGCAGUCAUGGUAGGUGGGUUCCCCAGGAAAGAAGGCAUGGAAAGAAAAGAUGUGAUGACAAAGAAUGUGUCUAUCUACAAAUCUCAAGCUUCUGCAUUGGAGCAACAUGCUGCUCCAAACUGCAAGGUCCUGGUUGUUGCUAACCCAGCUAACACCAAUGCAUUGAUUCUUAAAGAAUUUGCGCCAUCAAUUCCUGCCAAAAAUGUAACUUGCUUAACAAGGUUAGAUCACAACAGGGCUCUUGGCCAAAUUUCUGAGAGAUUGAAUGUUCCGGUUAGUGAUGUGAAGAAUGCCAUCAUCUGGGGUAAUCACUCAUCAAGUCAAUAUCCUGAUGUGAACCAUGCAACUGUUAACACGGCAGCUGGAGAGAAGCCUGUCCGUGAACUUGUUGCUGAUGAUGAGUGGUUGAAUGGAGAAUUUAUAUCUACUGUCCAGCAACGGGGUGCUGCAAUUAUCAAGGCUAGAAAGUUCUCAAGUGCCUUGUCUGCUGCUAGUUCUGCUUGUGACCACAUUCGUGACUGGGUUCUUGGAACUCCCGAGGGCACAUGGGUCUCCAUGGGUGUGUACUCUGAUGGGUCAUAUGAUGUUCCAGCUGGUCUCAUAUAUUCUUUUCCUGUUAGCUGUAAGAAUGGAGAGUGGUCUAUUGUUCAAGGUCUUCCCAUUGAUGAGUUUUCAAGGAAGAAAUUAGACUUGACAGCUGAAGAACUCUCCGAGGAGAAGGCUCUUGCCUACUCAUGCCUCUCUUGAACUUUUCCGGUACCUCUUAACUUUUGAAUAAUGUCAUUGUUUGAUUCUCGGCAAUGCGAUUUCCAUGUUUCUUUGUUGUCACUCUCUUUUGUUAUAAAAUGAGAAGGAAAUGUUAAUUAACAAGGUGAAAAUGUACGUAUUACCAAACCUACAAUAUUAGAUAUUACACAUUUACACUUGAACGGUCUUGUUGUC